GGCCCUCCUGGCAGCAACGCGGCGGCGCCCCCUCCCCUCGCGCCACGGGCCUCCUGGCGCAGUGCACGUCCCCGUCCCGCGCCUCCGCCCCCUCGCCCACUCUCUCCUUCCCGCCCUCCCCGUCGCGCCGGCCUAGCCGGCUUCCCCUCGGUCUCUCAUGAAUAUUGAGCGGCCCCUGUUGUAUUUCCCGAGCUCCAUUGCGGAAGCCGAGGCUCGCCAUAUUGUGCGGCGGCGCCGGCACCGCGGCGCCUUGUACCUGAGUCUCGCUCCGGCCGCGGCUAGCGGAGCUCCGGACUGGAGCAGGAGCCGCAAUGUCUCAGGCUGUGCAGACAAACGGAACUCAACCAUUAAGCAAAACAUGGGAACUCAGUUUAUAUGAAUUACAACGAACACCUCAGGUAGCAUUUAAUUUUAAAGUGAUGCUUUUACAGGAGGCAAUAACGGAUGGCUUGGAAAUUGUGGUUUCACCUCGAAGUCUACACAGUGAAUUAAUGUGCCCAAUUUGUUUGGAUAUGUUGAAGAACACCAUGACUACAAAAGAGUGUUUACAUCGUUUUUGUGCAGACUGCAUUAUCACAGCCCUCAGAAGUGGCAAUAAAGAAUGCCCUACCUGUCGGAAAAAGCUAGUUUCCAAAAGAUCACUAAGACCAGACCCAAACUUUGAUGCACUCAUCAGCAAAAUUUAUCCAAGUCGUGAUGAGUAUGAAGCUCAUCAAGAAAGAGUAUUAGCCAGGAUCAACAAGCACAAUAAUCAGCAAGCACUCAGUCACAGCAUUGAGGAAGGACUGAAGAUACAGGCCAUGAACAGAUUACAGCGAGGCAAGAAGCAACAGAUUGAAAAUGGUAGUGGAGCAGAAGACAAUGGAGACAGUUCUCACUGUAGUAAUGCAUCCACACAUAGCAAUCAGGAAGCAGGACCUAGUAACAAACGGACCAAAACAUCUGAUGAUUCUGGGCUUGAGCUUGAUAAUAACAAUGCAACAGUGGCAAUUGAUCCAGUAAUGGAUGGUGCUAGUGAAAUUGAAUUAGUAUUCAGGCCUCAUCCCACACUUAUGGAAAAAGAUGACAGUGCACAGACAAGAUACAUAAAGACUUCAGGUAAUGCCACUGUUGAUCACUUAUCCAAGUAUCUGGCUGUGAGGUUAGCUUUAGAAGAACUUCGAAGCAAAGGAGAAUCAAACCAGAUGAACCUUGAUACAGCCAGUGAGAAGCAGUAUACCAUUUACAUAGCAACAGCCAGUGGCCAGUUCACUAGAAGCAAGUUAAUGGAGCUUGAGCCCUGCCUUGAUGUGUAGUGAAAGAUAAUUCUGUAGAAGAAUGUCAGCCAGCAUGGUAAAGUUGUUCUACUCUUCUUAAUUUAGUUUUAUAUUGAAGGACAGUGUUUGGUGUUUAGAGCCAAAAGGCUUUAUGAUUACAGGUCAGAAAUAAGAUUGACUUGCAUUUUAUUUUUCGUCCCGGUCCUGAUUCCAGGUAUGUUUCCAAGUUUAUAUUAUCACAGUAUUUACAAAAACAUGUUUGCAUUGAGAAUUAACCAUAAAUGUUUUUGCCAGGGGAGAGUCAUCUUCCAAUACCAUUGCAACUAAAGCCUGUCUAGUCAUUGUAAAUAUUUACCUGUCAUUUUUGACAGAUUGGGGCCAGCUUGAUGUUUUAAAUCUUCACCCCAAUAUGAAAAUUAAAAGGCUUAUUCAAUUUUUUACCAUUUUAUCGAAAAUACUUAAAAUCUGUUUUUACCUUGGGAAUCUGUGCCAUGAAAUUUGAAAACCACCAAAAAUCAAGGGAAAUUUUGUAUUCAGUUCCUUUUCUGGUAUAAUGUUAAAUUGUAUAGAUUAUUAAUGCAUGUCCACUGAAUAUAACCCUGGUUUUGUGAUAUAACUGCUUAGAUUUUAUUGGUGACAUUAGGUUAGUGGUUGCAUUAAAUAACUAAAUUCCCAUUGUGAUUAUUAAUUGAAAUUUGUCUUUAAGCAAAAAGUUAUUUGUGAAUAUAAGCUUUGUGCUUAGAGAAUGUAUGUGUUUUUAUCUGUCAGUAUGGGAGGAUGUAAAUUCUUUGCAUCAUUAGUGAAUUUAUUGGAUGUGUAAUCCUUUGAAAAAUAUAAUUAUAGGUAUUUGAUAAGAGCAUUGCGUGUGUAGUGUCGUGUGUGUGUAUGUAUGUGUAUGUGUGUGUGUUUUGGAGGGUGGGUACUAUUCACUAUUAACUACCAGUCAUUUCAUAAAGUAUUUAUUAUCUAAGUAACUUCUAUAACCACCGUCUCACCUGAGGAACAAAAGGCUCACUAAAUAGG